UGUGGUGGAUAUUGUCUGUUUUUCCAAUAAGAAUUGGGAGUUCUUGUACAUAGUAGUACCACUUCAUAUUCUUCCAUCUAAGUAAGAGCCAAAAACAUUCACAUCUAAGCAAAAUUAUCCAUUUCCAAGCAACAAGAGAGAAAGAUGGAACCUUGUUUUCUUAGCUCAAACUGCAUUACCAAGACAACCGAACUUAUUCCAUUGGUGAAAUCUAAGCUCCUUGCCCUUCCCAAGAAGAGUUCUCUGCUCCACAGUUAUAAGCAUGUCACUUCGUCUUCCAUAACAUGUUGCCAAAUGGGAUCCUCGUCAUCCAGAGAUGAGGAAAUAAAUCCCACUCUCAGUGGAGAUUGGAGAUCAUUCAGAGCAAAACUUGUUGCAGCAGAGAAAAUCUCUAUCCCUGAAAAUCCCACAACAUCACCACCAGCAUCAGCUGAUGCUGAUCCGCAGAAGCUGAUAAUAAGUGAUAAUUGGGCCCAUGCAAUUCACGAGCCUGAAAAAGGUUGCCUACUCAUAGCAACAGAGAAGCUCGACGGGGUACACAUCUUUGAGAGGACUGUGGUCCUUAUGCUAGCAACAGGGCCUAUAGGCCCAACUGGAAUCAUACUAAACCGCCCAUCACUAAUGUCCAUCAAGGAAACGAAAUCGACAGUGUUGGAUUCAUCAGGCACAUUUCUAGACCGACCCUUGUACUUUGGAGGUCCCUUAGAACAGGGACUGUUCCUUGUUAAAAGCCCAAAAGAGGGGGAUGAUGGUGUCAGUAAAAGUGGGGUGUUUGAUGAGGUGAUGAAAGGUUUAUAUUACGGGACCAAGGAGAGUGUGGGAUGUGCUGCUGAGAUGGUGAAGAGGAAUGUGAUUGGGUUGGAUGACAUUAAGUUCUUUGAUGGGUAUUGUGGAUGGGAAAAAGAGCAGUUGCAGGAGGAAAUUCGAGCCGGGUACUGGACUGUUGCUGCAUGCAGUCCGAGUGUUAUUGGGCUGGAAUAUGUGAAUAGUGGAGGGAUGUGGGAGGACAUUCUAGGGCUAAUGGAUUCAAAAAAAGUUUGGUAAUGUGCUGUAAAGCUUGAUAAAGUUGAUUAUAACCUAUAAUAUACAUAUAAAGAAAAGACUAAUGUCCUGCAACAUCUGUAGAUCUGUCGAUGUUGUGUCCAACCCAGUUUAGUUGUAAUGUAUGUUCAGCUUGGGGAAAAAUCUCUGAUGUAAAAUGGUGUAUUAAUGUAUUAUUCCCAGUUUAUUCACAUGUUUCAAAUUGACCAUAUGCUUCUGCUAA